ACACAGCUGCCUUCGGAUACGUUGGGAGCGUUGCAUGGCGGAGCACAUUAUGACGCGACCCUUAGAGGAUCGGCGCCUCCUCGAUUGGGGUUGGACUUUGACGCCUCGGCCCCUCGGACAACUCGGAGCGCCCUUUCGGACGGUUCUGACGGCUUGAGAAGCGCGUUCCUUCCAAGAAUCAGUUGCAGAGAUGAUGAUACUUAUCCAGGAGAGAAGAGCCGACGACACGCGACAGCGCAGUCGUAAAGCAGGUCGCAGACACAUGACUGUGUAUACAUGUCGUAUACACAUAUGUGUCGAAAUGUUUGCAUUUGUGUGCGCACAAGCAUUUUCAUAAUUGCCCAGCAUUUGGGAGGAAAUUGCUGCGAUCAAAUCAAAGACAUGCUUGUCUCCAGCUCCGCUGCAACUCCGAGACGAGUGUCAGAAGGCUCCGGAUGAGCUUAUCAGACUUGCGCAAGCAAAGACGUGCAUCUCCACUGCAAGUGCCAUCCAUAAACCUAAUGUCCAUCUGGGAGGGCAGGUUGAGACUACAUGGCCUGUGGGCAUGGUGCAUCCCGAGUCUAAGCUAUGCACGGCAUGGGGAAUCCUCGCCUGUUUUGUCAUCUUUUGGAGUGGUGUAGAGGCACCUUUGGAGGUCUACCAUUUGCCACCGUUCAUGGUGGACAUAAUGCUCGCGAUCCGAAUUGUAUGGCUGUGCUUUUGGGUGGUUGAUAUUCUCUUCACUUGCAGCACAGCCAUCUAUGUUGACGGUACACUGGUCACAUCACGGAAGGCGAUUGUCAAGGCCUAUGCAAAGUCCUGGCUGCUAUGCGACUUGAUUGUGCUUGGUGUCGAUACUUGGUCAUGGAGCUGCCUCUCGCGGGACAAAGCUAUUGUCCGCAGUAUACUCAUUGGAAGGUUCAUUUUCUUUGCACGACUGCUGCCAACGAUACGCUACCACAAACUCUUGAAAGUUGUCCCCUCAUUUGGCGUUCGGCGCGAGAAGAGCAAGUUGUUUCUGAAGAUGUUCAUCCUUCUUUUCAUCCUUGCCUCCAGCAUCCAUCUUCUUGCCGCGCUUUGGUUUGUGGCUGGAGAUGUCGAUGGUGGCUGGGUUGAUGAUGAAAGUCUCCAAUACACACCUCUUGGCGACCAAUACAUGCGGAGUGUGGAGUGGGCACUUUCAAGGCUGCCUGCCGCAGCCAUGGGGUCGAACAUGAAUCUGAACACCGGCCUUGAACGAGGCCUUGCCAUUCUGGCCACAUUCACAGCGCUCUUGAUUGGCUCCUUGACGACCAGUGUGGUAACCAACACCUUGGCCAACCUAAACAGAGCGCUUCAAGAGAAGAGGAAGAUUCUGAACUGUGCCUGGAAAUACUGCAGCACCCAUGGUCUGAGUCGAUCAUACUACACCAAGAUCAAGAAACACAUGGAGCGAGAGCAGUUGCGCAAUGAGCGCAGAACCUGCUUGAAGACGUUGCAGCAGCUUCCCAAGGACUUGGUGCAGGAGCUCUUUGCCGAAGCACGCUGCAAGAUAUUGAGUUCAUGGAUUUUUUUUCAUGAAAUCGCUGGCAACUAUGGUGCGAAUAUGAUCGUUUGCAACCGAGCAGUGUCAGAGCGUUUCUUUCUCGCCAAAGACGUCGUUUUUAAAGGGGGCCUUGUCGCACAAGGCAUGCUCAUGCUCAGUUUCCAAAGCACCUACUACUCCCUCGCGGUUGCGCAUUUCCAGGCUGAUUCCAUGGCGACAGAUGCCGACUGCACUGACAUUGUACCUCCAACAAGCUCUCGCUCAGCAAGAGUGGCCGAUUGUGACUCUUCUGCUGUUUGGCCACAGAGAGUGGAGGCAGAAGUGCCAAUGGCUGAACAUGCUUUGUGGUUGGCAGUGUGGCAACAUGAAGGCACUUUGCAAGCCAAAGGUGCAGGUGUGGGUCUUUGUGUCUUGGCCUCCGAGUUCCUCGUGGUUUUGGCGGAGCACCCGGCCAUUCUCUUCGAGGCCAUCCAGCGCGCCCACCGCUUCCUCGAGACCUUCCAGCGCCUCCAGGAGGAGGAGGAAGGGUAUUGCUUGAGCGACCUGCCACUGCAGAACUGAGGCUCUAAAUUUAAAGGAGUCAUCCAACGAAUAUUCUGUACCGAUUUAUGAACUUCAUGUUAGCAACCCUCUGCCUGGCAAACAUUCACGCAGCCACUGCGAAUGGCAGUUGCGAAGUGUCGUUGAAUGUGUGCCCGCAGGGGGUGCUUUUCUGUGUGUCUCAGCGCGAGCACAGCGAGCACAUCCACCACCCAGUCAUUCAAGUCAUGAUGACCUCCAUUUGGCACCCCUCGAGGGUACGGGUAGCCCCUCUUUGAAAGAAUGGAGGGCUACGUCACCCAGUUCAACGUGAGAGGCUCAGCGUAGCUUCUUCGACACAAGCCAGCCUAGGUUUCCGC